AUGGCGCGAGAUUUUGGAUUUCCAAAAACAAACGACGAGGAACGAGUAAACGCGAAGUUAAAAGAAUUAGGACAAAUUUUCAAACUUGUAUUGCUUGUGGAAUACAUUGAGGAGUCACUUAUACUUAUGAAGCGGUAUUUGAAAUGGAACAUAAAGGAUAUUUUAUUUGUAUCUAAUAACGUGUAUGGCAAAGGGCAAACAAUUGAAGACCUUACAACAAACGACGUUGCAAAAUUCAAAUCACGAAAUAAGCUUGAUUACAAAGUAUAUGAUUAUUUUUACCAAAAAUUCUGGGAUCAGUUUAACAAAGAAAGUGAUGAAAUAAAGUUCGAAGUUUCUCAUUUUAAAAAUGUUUUGACUGAUUUGAAUAAAUAUUGCAAUGAUCCAACACAGAAAGGCAGGAACGAUAAUUUAUUGCGAGUUGAACAAUCGAAAUGGAACGAACAGUUCAGUAUAAGCUUUGAAGAUUGUGAGUAUAUGAAAAAAGAUGAAUUAGAAUUUAUUAAUCAGUUAAGGCAAACGCAAGGGAGUGAACUCCGUGGUUAA